CCAGCCAGCUGAUACGGCUGCAGCUGGCGGUGGGAGGCGUGCUGUGGUUUCCAAAUCUGGCCGCGCCGGACCCCACGCUGGUGCUGCCGCUGCUCUUCGGCCUCUGUAACCUCUGCGCUAUCGAGGUGGGCGUUCUGAGCCGGCUGCAACGCAGCACACGGCUCCAGCGGUACAUGACCAACCUCAUCCGAGGCGUCACACUCGUCGUGGUACCCGUGGCCGCCCAGCUGCCGGCGGCGGUGGUGUUCUACUGGACGGCCUCCUCCUUCUGUGGCCUUCUCUCCAACCUGGCGCUGAUGUCUCCGGCCCUGCGGCGGGCGGCCGGCGUUCCACUUACGCCCAGCGAACAGCAGCACCCCUACCGGCAGAUUCGUGAAAACCUGAUGAAGCGGGUCGGCAAGAGAUGACGCUACCGUUCGUCUUUUGUCGUGUAUGCGAGUGUGACUGGUCCCACGCGAUUUUGUGUUUUGUAAGGUGUUGCUAUGAGCGCGUCGUAUCAGAACGUGAAACAAAAUAGCGUAUUGUUUGUGAUAAUAUACAGUAAUGAAGUAAUGGAUGGUAAUGUAAGCACCAUUCUACACCUUUGCCGGACGAGCACGGAGUACUUAUCGGCAUCAGAAGCGAUAUUUAUGUUGUAUGCUCGCGAAGGAGGCUAUGUC